AUGGACUGUGGAAAGAGCUUCAGUCAAAGUGGAAACCUUAGAAAACAUCAACGAACGCACACCAGGGAGAAACCAUAUAAAUGCAUUGAAUGUGGAAAGAGCUUCAGUGCAAGUGGAGCCCUUAGAAGACAUCAACGAACUCACACGGGGGAGAAACCAUUUAAAUGCAUUGAAUGUGGAAAGAGCUUCAGUGAAAGUGGUCACCUUAGAAGUCAUCAACGAACUCACACGGGGGAGAAACCAUUUAAAUGCAUUGAAUGUGGACAGAGCUUCAGUCGUAGUGGAGCCCUUAGAACACAUCAACAAACUCACACAGGGGAGAAACCGUUUGAAUGUAUGGAAUGUGGAAAGCGCUUCAGUGAAAGUAGAAAUCUUAGAAGACAUCAACGAACUCACAUGGGGGAGAAACCAUUUAAAUGCAUUGAAUGUGGAAAGAGCUUCAGUCUUAGUGGAGUCCUUAGAAUACAUCAACGAACUCAUAUGGCAGAGAAACAAUUUAAAUGCAUUGAAUGUGGAAAGAGCUUCACUCAAAGUGGAGUCCUUAGAAUACAUCAACGAACUCAUACAGGGGAGAAACCAUUUAAAUGCAUUGAAUGUGGAAAGAGCUUCACUCAAAGUGGAGACCUUAGAAUACAUCAACGAAAUCAUACAGGGGAGAAACCAUUUAAAUGUAUUGAAUGUGGAAAGAACUUCAGUGAAAGUAGAAGCCUUAGAAGACAUCAACGAACUCACACAGGGGAGAAACCAUUUAAAUGUAUUGAAUGUGGAAGUAGCUUCAGUGAAAGUAGAAACCUUAGAAUACAUCAACGAACUCACACAGGGGAGAAACCAUUUAAAUGUAUUGAAUGUGGAAAGAACUUCAGUGAAAGUAAAAACCUUAGAAUACAUCAACGAACUCACACUGGGGAGAAACCAUUUAAAUGUAUUGAAUGUGGAAAGAGCUUCAGUUGUACUGGAGCCCUUAGACUACAUCAACGAACUCACUCGGGGGAGAAACCGUUUAAAUGCAUUGAAUGUGGAAAGAGUUUUAGUCGUAGUGGUCCCCUUAGAAGACAUCAACAAACACACACGGGGGAGAAACCAUUUAAAUGCAUUGAAUGUGGAAAGGGCUUCAGUCACAGUGGAAACCUUCGAAGACAUCAACGAACUCACACGGGGGAGAAACCGUUUGAAUGUAUGGAAUGUGGAAACAGCUUCAGUGAAAGUAGAAACCUUAGAAUACAUCAACGAACUCACACAGGGGAGAAACCAUUUAAAUGCAUUGAAUGUGGAAAGAGCUUCAGUCGUAGUGGAGUCCUUAGAAUACAUCAACGAACUCAUACGGUAGAGAAACAAUUUAAAUGCAUUGAAUGUGGAAAUAGCUUCAGUCAAAGUGGAAACCUUCGAAGACAUCAACGAACUCACACAGGGGAGAAACCAUUUAAAUGCAUUGAAUGCGGAAAUAGCUUCAUUCGUAGUGAAGACCUUAGAAUACAUCAACGAACUCACACAGGAGAGAAACCAUUUACAUGUAUUGAAUGUGGAAAGGGCUUCAGUCAAAAUGGAGCCCUUAGAAUCCAUCAACGAACUCAUACGGUAGAGAAACAUUUUAAAUGCAUUGAAUGUGGAAAUAGCUUCAGUCACAGUGGAAGCCUUCGAAGACAUCAACGAACUCACAUGGGGGAGGAAUCAUUUAAAUGCAUUGAAUGUGGAAAGAGCUUCAGUCGUAGUGGAAACCUUCGAAGACAUCAACAAACACACGGGGGAGAAACCAUUUAA